AUGGUAGUCGAUAAAACUCUAUAUGAUGUACUUAAUGUCGAACCCAAUGCAUCGCAAGAAACAAUUUCAAAAGCUGUGAAAAGAAAAUCAUUAGAACAUCAUCCUGAUCGUGGUGGAAGUCAUGAAAUGAUGCAACAAGUAAAUGCAGCAAAAGAAAUCUUAACUGAUCCUGAAAAACGUGAAAUCUAUGAUCGAUAUGGAUUAAAAGGAAUGCAAUCGAGAAUGGAAAGAGAAGAUUUUCAAUUUCCAGGUUUUCACAAUGAUAUUUUUGAUAUAUUUAAUUUAUUUAAUCGUGGAUCAAAUCAUCAAAACACUGCUCAAACAAACGAGGGCGAUGAUAUAAAACAUAUUCUCCAAGUUUCUCUCGAAGAAUUGUAUUCGGGUAGUACAAGAGUUGCUGUCAUUGAACGUAAUAUUGUUUGUAACAAUUGUACAGGUUCGGGUUCUCGUAAUGGCAUUUCACGUGAAUGUACAAAUUGUCAUGGAACAGGAGUUGAAACAUCAAUGCAACGAAUAGGCCCAUUUGUCCAACAAAUAAGACGUGAAUGUUUGAUGUGUGAUGGAACUGGAAAUAUUAUCGAUUCAAAGAAUCAAUGUAAAGCAUGUUUUGGAAAAAAAAUUGUUCGAGAAGAAAAGAUCAUUGAAGUAAAUAUUGUACCUGGUAGUAGAAAUUCUGAAAUAAUUAGAUAUCCUGGUGAAGCUCAUCAAAUUCCAAAUGGAAUACCAGGAACAUUAUAUAUUAUACUUAAACAAGCAUCUCAUGAAAUUUUUACUCGAAAAGAUAAUGAUUUGUUAAUGAAUAUGGAUAUCAAUUUAACUGAAUGUUUAUGUGGUUUUCAACGUUUAAUUGAAUUAUUAGAUGGUCAUCAAAUUUUAAUUGAUCAUCCUGCAGGAAAACCUAUUUUACCGGAUAGUUUUCGUUGUUUGAAAGGUCAUGGAAUGCCAAAUAGACAUACACAUUCACAUGGAGAUUUGAUUAUUCAAUUUGAUGUCAAAUUUCCUGAUGAAAAUCAUUUUCAUUUAACUGAUAAUCAGCGUCAACAAUUAGAAUCAAUUCUUCCACCAAAGAAACGAGUUCAAUUGAACAGUACAGAUCGUUAUGAACGACCUGAAAUGGUUAAAUGUGAUAUGACGAGAGAAAACUUUCAAAAUGAUCAUCAGGAAGAAGAUGAAGACCAUGAUUUUGAUCAACAUCCAGAGAGUGUUCGCUGUCAACAGCAAUAA